AUGCCGUUAACAAUUGGCGGGGCUUUGAACGCCAGCUUUCUUCUCGGUAAGCAUAUUGUUCGAUACGCAGCCCGGCCGACCUGUUCUACGACAAACGGUGAUAACGGAUGCGUUUCUAAAUAUCUUGAAUGCGAUCGCAAGGCAGGCGUCUGCAGGCCGACGCUUCGAGUCUGCGACGAUGAUGAAGGUCCGAACUUGGAAACGUUUUGCGAUUCCAUCAACUGUACAUCGGACUGGAAGCCGAUAGAGAUUACCAUUCGUGCUGAUUUUCUUCACGAGAAACCACAAUGUCCUCAGUUGUGUUCCAACGCUGUUCAACUCAAUGUUUACAGCCAUGGCCAGAGGCAACGGACAGUGUUGCUGGAUGAUUUUGGAACGAACCAAACCGGAAUCAGGCUUAAAGUUAUGACAAAACCGGGUUUGACUUCAAAAUUAUAUGUACGGGACAGUUGCGCAAAGCAAUGUGAUUGUUAUUUUCUUACUGAGGGUAAAUACACAGCGUGUGAUCAGAAGUCAAUCUAUAAAUGGUGGAGAGUAAACAAUAAGAAAGAUCUACUGAAGCAGACGACCGGGGGAUCUAAUCGAACGUUGUUUGCCUUUGAAUGUGGAGUAGCUGGAAGCGGACGUUAG